AUGUCCGGGCUCAUCAGUGACGCCAUCGCUGCCGAGGAUGCCAACAAAUGGUACACCUCCUAUGAGUUUUAUCCCCCUCGCAGUGAGAAGGCGGAGGAGAACUUUAUGAAGGUGCAAAUCCCCAAUUUUAUGCGACAGUCGCCAGUCUUCCUCGACCUGACGUGGGGCGCUGGUGGUCGCACGAGUGAAACCACGAUGCGCCUCUGUAAGGACCUCCAGAAUGCAUACCCUGACACACCCAUCAAUAUGCAUAUCACGUGCACCAACAUGUCGCAUGAUCUCAUCAAGGAGACGCUUGACUUCGCAAAGGAGCAUGGCAUUCGCAACAUCCUCGCUCUCCGUGGAGACCCGCCUCGUGGUGAUGAGUUCCAGUCCAACCCGGAAGGCUUUACGUGCGCGAGAGAUCUUGUGCGCUACAUUCACGCCACAUACGGCGACUACUUUUGCGUGUCGGUCGCCGGCUACCCCGAGGGCCACCCGAGCCGUAUCGCCGAGGACGGCACCAUCUUGGAUGAGGACCACCAGAAGGAGCUGGAGUACCUCAAGGAGAAGGUAGACGCUGGUGCCAGCGUUGUCAUCACGCAGCUCUUCUACGAUGCCUCCCUGUACGUGAAGUUUGUGAAGGACUGCCGGGAGAUGGGCAUUACGGUCCCCAUUAUCGCCGGACUUCUUCCCAUCACGACCUACGCCGGGUUCACGCGGAUGGUGUCGCUGUGUAAGACGAGAGUUCCCGGUGAUGUGAAGAAGCGGGUAGAGGAGCUCAAGGAGAACCCCGAGGCUCUCAAGGAGUACGGCGUGGAGCAGUGUGUGCAGAUGAUUGAGCGCAUUCGCGCCUCUGGGCUCGACUACCACCACCUUCACUUCUACACGCUCAACAGCAGUGCGCAGACGUUCCAAGUCCUAAAGCGGCUAAAUGCGCUGGUGGAAUGA